UGUCCAGACUGGCUGAUGACUAAUCCAGGGCUUUUCCAGGUUCCGGAGCGCAUUCGCGCCAUGAACGCCAGCAUCAAGCUCCUGCUGAUAGUGCGGGAGCCGGUGACGCGCGCCAUCUCCGACUACACGCAGCUGCGCGCCAACGCGGCAACCAUGGCGCCCACGGCGCCCACUCUCGGCCCAGUGCGCAGCUUCGAGCAGCUGGCGCUGCACCGCAACGGCACCGUCAACGAGUCGUACCGCCCGCUCGCCAUCUCUGUCUAUCACCGCUUCCUGCAUCGCUGGCUCGAGGUGUUCCCACGCGAGCAACUGCUGGUGGUGAACGGCGACCAGCUGAUCGACGAUCCGCUGCCGCAGCUGCAGCGCAUCGAGCGCUUCCUCGGGCUCGAGCCGCGCAUCAGCGCCCACAACUUCUACUUCAACGAGACGAAGGGAUUCUUCUGUCUGCGCAACGAGACGGCCGAUCGGUGUCUGCGCGAGACCAAAGGGCGGCGCCACCCGCGCGUCAGCCCGCACGUCGUGGCGCAGCUGCGCGCCUACUUCGACGAGCACAAUCAAAAGUUCUACGAGCUGAUUGGCGAGGAUCUGGCGUGGCCGAGCGACUAGCCCCGCCCACUCCAUGGGCGUGCGCAUCAUGCUCAAGCGCGCGCCACGUGGACUUACCUGCGCGGCACCCAGCAGCUUCUUGAUCACAUUGAUCAGUGCCUUAAGUAGGUGGAGUGGGGGGCGCGCGCGCCCAUUCAAACCAAACCGGUAAGCAAUAGCACGCAAGUGUCCGCUGUUUAAUUACCUGCAUAUCAAAUCUUAACCAUACAUAUCAAAGGUGUGAUGAUUGUACAUUGUAAGUAGGCUUAGGGAAUUUUAUAUGUCUAUGCAUAGACCAGGCAGUGUUGCCAGUGCUUGGGGGUUUUUCGCAUUUUUUAGGAAAAUUAUCGCCCCCCGGGGGGCGGAACCUUGUGAUCGUUAUCAUUGACACUAGUUGAUAAAUCUAUAUUUAUAUAAAUAUUUAUAUGUAUAUUGUAUAGUGGGGCUGCAAUGCGAGCGAAAGUGGGCGUUAUAUUUAAAUAAAUUUAUAAAUGUAUAUAUACAGAGUGCGCGGGUUGUUUGCGGGCGAUUCGAAACAUAUCAAGCCUGCCUCGGGGAUGCCGUCAUAGGGCCCGCGAACGGCCCGCCCACUCUCUCCAUCCUACUCUACUUCACUUUACUCUACGUGUCCGUGUCUCUUGUCCUUGUUCAACCAAACCCUGUCAACUGGUCACCUAUACACAAACGCGCUGUUAGAAGUUAGGUUUUUGGGUUUGUACAAAGUUUUCAGUAGAUCAGUAGAAAACAUGGGCGCAGUCAAUUUAAUUUAAUCGAAUCAAUCGAUUAUUUAAUCGACCCUCACAGCUCGCGCCCUGUGCGUACGGCGCCCUCUCACGGGCCACGGUCUUGUCGACGUGGCACUGUCAUCGGUGACAUCGCUCGGGUGAUUGACCCCAUUGAGUGCCAAAAAACCGGUAAAAUCCCCUGAUGGGGCUCCGAAUCCAGUGCGGAGUGCUCAAGGGGGCCCUCGGGACCCCCUUGAGCGUAAAUUCCAGUGCGCACCCGGUGAAAUUUCCGUUUUAAGCGCCUGGCGGCUGUUUGGGCCUACGUUGUUGCCAUCCAGGCUGGAAGCGUUCCGUAGUGCGGGGCCCCCCACGGGGGCUGCCGGCGAUCAGUAGGCUGGAAGCCCUGCGGCCUUGAAAGGGCCGGUUUUGCGGGCGCUAGCUGCGCAAGUGAGGUUAGGUGUCUGCUAGCUGCCAGCUGCAGAGGCCGACACAAGGGGGCCCCCGAUACUUGAAGUUGCGCUGGUGAGUACCGAUUGCUGUCAAUCUCAAACUUAACCGUUCAUUUCAAACUUGUGAUGAUUCUACAUUGGGUUCAGGGAAUUUUGUUUGUCUAUGCAUUGGUGGUUUUUUCGCAUUUUUUAGGAAAAAAACCUUGUGAUCGAUGUUGAUGAAUCUAUAUUCAUGUAGUGGGGCAAAUAUUGCGUACACACAGCGCGCGGGUUGUUUGGGGACGAUUCGCAACAUAUCAAGCCUGCCUCGUGCAUGGCGUCAUAAGGCCCGCCCUCUAUCUCCAUCCCACUCUACGUGUCUUGUAUCCUUGUUCAACCGAAUCCUGUCAACUGGUCACUCCACCCAAACCCGCUAGUUAGAGGUUAGGUUUUGGGUUUGUACAAACUUUUUAGCGGAUUUAUACACUGUUGAAGCCCCCACUUUGAGCCCGAGGGCCAGUGGGGCAACACCGCAAUAAUUUUGUUAAAUUUACCAAAAAAUGUGUAAUUUGCCGAGGCCGAAUAAAGAUGAAAGUCAAACUGG